UCUCCCUUACGUUUUAAGUUUCAAGCGCAGCCGUAGUUCUUCUUAGUCUUUCAGAGAGGCGAAAAGCUUCUUAUCUACCUUCACCAGAUCUCACUAAAGUAUCUCAGUUCUUUCAAAAAUGGCAUCGGAGCUUCAAUUGCCGCCUGGAUUUCGAUUCCAUCCAACAGAUGAAGAACUCGUGUUGCACUAUCUCUGCCGUAAAUGCACUUCACAACCGAUUGCUGUUCCGAUUAUUGCCGAGAUCGACCUUUAUAAAUAUGAUCCCUGGGACCUUCCUGGUAUGGCUUCCUAUGGUGAGAAAGAGUGGUAUUUUUUUUCACCUAGAGAUAGAAAAUAUCCGAAUGGGUCUAGACCGAAUCGGGCUGCAGGAACUGGUUACUGGAAGGCAACCGGAGCCGAUAAGCCUAUUGGACAACCCAAACCAGUUGGGAUUAAGAAAGCUUUGGUCUUUUACUCUGGAAAGGCUCCCAAAGGAGAUAAGACCAAUUGGAUUAUGCACGAAUAUCGUCUUGCAGACGUAGAUCGGUCUGUUCGCAAAAAGAAUAGUCUCAGGCUGGAUGACUGGGUGCUGUGUCGCAUCUACAAUAAGAAAGGAUCAAUCGAGAAGCAACAACCGAGCAGCGGCGUCAGUACCGUCGUGAACCAGAGGGCCGAAUCUUCGGAAGUCGAAGACAAGAAGCCCGAUAUAGUUCCACGUGGCGGCGGCGGGGGAGUACUUCCACCGCAUCCUCCUACUGCUCAGGCUUCGGCAGGCGGCGUGACGACAGAUUAUAUGUACUUCGACAACUCCGAUUCAGUUCCGAAGCUUCACACGGACUCGAGUUGCUCGGAGCAGGUGGUGUCGCCGGAGUUUGCGAGCGAGGUUCAGAGCGAGCCAAAGUGGAACGAGUGGGAUAAAAACCUCGAAAGUGCGUAUAAUUACCUCGAUGCCACACUCACGAACGGUUUUGGGUUCCCGUUCCAGGGUAACAAUCAGAUGUCGCCGCUUCAGGAUAUGUUCAUGAACCUUCCGAAACCGUUCUGAACGCGUUAGUAAUAGUAGAACACCAGAGAAAGAAUCUUUUUAUGGAAAACCUUUGAUAUGCAGUAUGGUGCAUUCCACGGCAGCACGAGACGUUAAGGUCCAUGAGUGUGCCUGUGCGGGUGCGAGUCCAUGGAUGGGUCAACGAGAUGGAACAGCAAGGGGAGAAUCUUAAGAAGGGAAAAUGAAAAAAUGCAUGCGUUAGGUGUGCAGCAUUGUGCGCCCAUUGAUUUGGGUCGUGGGAUUAGAAUAUCGUUUGGGGAGUCUGACGGUGGAUGUUGGGUAGUCGCUAGGUUAGGCUGUGUAUAGUUUAUUUUGUACAAUGUAGAGUGUAAGACCGGAGGGGGUAAACUAUACGGUGGAUGGUGGUGUAUGUUUCCAUCUAUUUAUGAUUAGUUAAUAUAAAUGGUUAAUUUUA